AUGGAGUCUUCAAAAGCAAGUGACAUACCUCGAGAAAAGCUUGAACCGCUUAGCGAAGACUAUUACAGCAAUGCAACCGGCCAAGAAGCACCAGCCUGCUGUAGUAAAUGUAACGUACAUUGCCAGAAAGAAGAAAAUCGCCAGGUACAUGUUCGGUGUGUCAGUUCGUUGCGGACCGGAGUUGAAGAACAAAUAUGCAAUCGAAAGGAGAAUGAAAAGCAUGAAGAUAUUGGAAAGUUGUCCGAAUUUUGUACUAACGGCGGAAGAAUUAAAGAUAUGCAAACAACUAUUGGGGAAUUGCGCAGAGUGUGCAUCUUGGGAGAUGCUAAGUGGACGGAAGAAGAACUCCGAACAAAAGCGUGUAAUUAUGUACACCCGAUCCAUAGACAUAGAAACAAUGAUAGUGAAGAAACCAUGCAUAUUAUGCCGGAAGCUAGCGAACGAGAUGGAUCGAAAGGGCUGGGCGGUAGUUUGUCCAUGGUAGUUGAUACAUUUGUUGACGAAUCCGUCCGUCGCAAUCUUGCAUCCUCUAUCUGGUGUGAACUUGAUGGCAGUGAUCUAGAAAGGCUCGGCUAUUACUAUGAAUGCGUCGCAGAAUUUGGUUUUAACCAUAUUAUUGCAAUUGGAGAAAUGUUAUAUGGGUUGCUCUUUCUAGAUUGCUACGGAAGAGUUUUUCAAUGGGAAGAUAUGGAACAGGUAAUAUGGCCAAUGGGGAAUUCAUUAGAAGAAUCGAAGUCGCAUGAAGAACUUGUAAUAUGGACUGUAGAAGAUGGUGUCGCGUAUGAAGAAUCUAAAGAAGGGCAGUUUUUUUAUAACUUUGGAUUAUUUGAAGCUAUGCUGAGAGCGCUGAUGUGCAAUAUCUUUACGGGAAACUGGGUAUAA